AUGACCGAGCCCGGAACGCCUUUCCAGAAGUACUUGACCGACGGUAUGCUUCUCCGAGAAGCAACGAACGACCCUGACCUCAAGCGAUACUCCACUAUCAUUCCCAAUGAGGCCUCACGAGCGUACACUGGCCACGGUUAUCCUCAUGGGGUUACUGAAGACCUCGCAGAACUUCGGUCAGACUUGACGCUUGUUCCUGGUCGCACGCAUCCGGUUGAGGUCUUCUAUACCCAGGAGCCCGAAUCAGACUACGUGGAGGCCGCAAUACGCACAGCUCUCAUGAUCAACCGUGCGGAAGAGCCUGGCGAUAUCCUGCUGUUUUUGACAGGCGAAGGGGUUAUCGAGGAUGCAUAUCGUAAACUUAACCUCGAAGCGGACGAUCUUGUCAGCCAGGAUCCAGAGAGCGUCGGCCCAUUUGUCUGCGUCCCAUGGCUGACUCCCCUUCUCGCAUCUACUAUGGCCAUCAUCCCACGUCUCUCCUGGACGUGGACGCUGUCAGAGUACGCGCCGAACUACUUCGGUCUGUCAACUUUCCCGGAAGGCGAGACGAAGCGGGCGCUGCAGCGCAUCCUGAAGAAGCGCUCAGUCAAGGCCGCUGACGGUAAUCGCAGUAAUGGUCCUGCAGGCUCGGAGCCCGCGAAGAGAAAGUCGAAGAAGCAGUAG